AUGAUGAUCUUUGGCGCAAGCGAAGUCAGCCGGAACGUCGAUCUGGAUGAUGAGACCGCCACAAUGAUCUGCAAAUUCGUCGUGCGUGCAUCUGAUGAAUCCAUCACGAGAAAGAUGGAAUCAGACCUUCAGGGUUGGCUGGAUGACAUCACUGACGGUGCCGUCGAAUACAUGCCCGAAGACGAGGUGAAGAGCGCGGCUGCUGAGCGGCUGAAGAUCUCCAUGGAGAGAAUCGCCGUGCUCAAGGCCGCCAAUCCGAAGGUGCCGCCUGCAAAGACCGAGCAGGAAGAGGGAGAGGAGAGGAAGCAGAACGAGGACGUGGACGAGUUCGGGAGCCCCAAGGGCCCCUCGACGCUCUCCAAGCUCACCGCGGAGGAAGCCGAGCACCGCGCGCUCCAGGCGGCUGUGCAAGGAGAAGGCGGCCAUGAAAGCGCAGUGAGGUUUGGGAUGUGGAUCGUGUCCGCCUGUUAA